UCUGAAAGCCUAACUUAAACAUGUUUAUGAUUAGACAUUGUGAUAUGAUCUGCCUUUAUCUGUAGCACUCUUCUUCCUUUUUUUUUUUUUCUUCCUAAAAAUAGCACCAAGAUGGCUUUGACCUUUUCAUAAUCGAUUAGGAUGAUGUCCGCAGUUCGAUAAACCUUUUUCUCCACUUUUAUAAUGGAUUCAUCACCUAGGCUUCAUCAGCAAGCGAUUGCCCGCUACUCCAUCCUGUCAAACAAAGGCUCAGUUCGGGUCAACAGACAGCAGCAGCAGCAGAGGAUCAGCAGAAGAGUGACGGAGGCACCCGCUGUGGCCGUUAGCAUGAGUGACAUUUGGAUGUGAUCAUGCAGAUUGGGUGAUGGGGACUUUUUAUGCACCCCAGGUAUUCGCCUGUGCUGACUAUUCUGGGAACUGCCUGUGCCUGCAGUCACUGACUCAUUCCACUAAGUGAGCAGGCGGCUCUGAAGCUGCAGGUGAUUGAGAACAACACAGAGGAAUGGCAGGAAGAUCCUUUGUUUUGUGGCCUUGAACGAGUGGCAGGGGUCGAUCUGUCGUUCAUCAAGGGUGAUGAUGUUACUGCCUGUGCCAUGCUGGUUGUCCUCAGCUACCCAGAGCUGGAGGUGCUGUAUGAGGACUGCCAGAUGGUUGCUAUUACUGCCCCAUACAUUGCUGGCUUUCUGGCUUUUCGAGAGACACCUUUCCUUGUGGAAGCUGUGCUUCGCUUGCAGAGAGAAAAGCCAAGCCUUGUUCCUCAGGUGAUCUUCGUGGAUGGGAAUGGCUUACUACAUCACCGAGGUUUUGGCCUUGCUUGUCACCUGGGUGUCUUAACACACCUGCCAUGCAUUGGCGUAGCCAAGAAUCUGCUGCUGGUGCCUGGAGCCCCUGGUAAAGAAGAGUUCAAAGACCAGGUUAAAGCGAUGCAGAAAGCUGGUGACUCCUUUUCUGUGACAGACACAUGUGGAAGAGUUCUGGGAAAGGCCUUGAGGAGCUGUGACAAGAGCACCAAACCCAUAUUUGUGUCUGUGGGGCAUCGGAUUAGCCUGGACUCGGCCUUGUGCCUCACACUGUCCUGCUGCAGGCAUCGCAUCCCGGAGCCAAUCAGACAGAAGGUCCUAGAAGGCUUGUAAGAGUGGAGGGGAACAUGCAAGGAAAUCUGGACGAAGAGUCUGCAAUAAACCUGCACUUUUGUUUUGUAACAAGACAACACGCCAAGCAUUAAGCUGAAGUUACCCAGGAAUGGCCUGAAAACAACAGUGUUAAUGUCCUAGAUUGGCCACGUCAGAGUCCUCCUCUCAAUACAAUUCAGAAUGUGUAGCUGAACUUGACUGUGCACGCUGGCAGAGCUUGAGCAGUUUUGGACAGAAGAAUGGGGGGAAUUGUCAGAGUCCCAAUGUGCAAAGCUGACAGAGAUUGUGAGAGACCUGUGCAUGGGGACUCGAGGCUGUCAUGGCAGCCAGAGGUGCAUCUGUUCAGUCCUGACUAGAAGGGGGUGAGUACUUAUGUAAUCAAUUAGUUUCCAUUUUUCAUUUGUGAUUAAUUUGGACCACUUU